CCGCGCAGCUCACUCGUGGGUUUUAACUUCGCGCUGUUAUAUUUUGUAAAUCGACUAUUCGAAACGAAUUUGGAACGUUUACGACCGGUAAUGUCGGUUUAACAGUCGUUUUUAAACGGCCAGUGCCUUAUAGACCGUCCAUAUUUCGCAUUGCGAAUCCUAAGGUGACAUUACUUCACACUGUUAAGUUGUUGUCUUAACAGUAUCUGAGGAAACGUGUGUAGCUCUUCCUGUGCUGUGGAAUUUGCAGGUUCAGUGUUCAUUAAGUGUAGUGGAAUGUGAGCUAUGGUUUAGUGCAUGUGCUUAUUUGCCUACUAAGUUUAACUGAUCACAAAACGAAAUUGUUUCGUUGAUCCGUACCUGUUCGUUGGAAUACCUAUUUUCUUAAUUCAUGUGACUCGACUCCGGAUUUGAUAUAUGGACCGACUCAACAAAACGCAGCAUGCAGAGACAGGAGAUAAAGUAAAGGGAAAGAACGCAACAUGUGACCACCGACAUAUGCACCAAAACAGACAACAUAAUCUUCAAAUUCAUGAGUCUUAUCUCAAGAUUACAUGAUUAAGAAAACUAUUUAUUCUACUUUAACUUUAAAAUAACGAAUCUAGUCGCAGUAGUUCUUUUAAAACGAAGCAAUUUACAUUAUUAAGAGCAUAAAGUAUCAAGACUUAGUACAAAGACGAGACAGUACAAAAGGCUUACGGGAAAACUAAUGUUGAUUUAAAAUUAAAUCGAUUUUAUUAGAAAGCUUCCCGUGCAAACAAGUCAAAAUGUCUACAAGUUGCGAGAAUUCAGCAAGAAUUUUGAAGAGCAGCUUUUCGUUGUCUUCACUACGAUCUGCGCCUGCGCCACCGAACGGCACCGGCGACCACCUCGAGCGGCCCUACCAUAGCCUCACUAAAAAGAGGAAAGAGCCAUGUCGGGAAGCGUGGCGACGCAGCUGGGGCUCCGCGGCGAGUGGAGGCAGCGCCGGGGAUGACCUCUGGCCCCUGCUGCAGCACCACUACGAGUACAUCAUGGACAACCAGAUCAUAGACUCUUGCAAGGAGGCAAACGGCGAGCUGUUAUCCAACAAUUCGUCAGUAUUGCAGAACGGGCCGCGACUCCUGAACCCCACCUCCGGCUUCAACAGACAGUGGUCGUUGAGCCAACUAAUAUCCGAAUUCACCGAACUCUGCCAGUGGUUGACACACGUUCAAGAAGAGAUAUAUUCUAGUCCAGAAAAUCUAUCGAGCAGGAAAUUAAGAAUGAGUCGUAUGUCGGAGUUGGUCUCGGUGGAGCCUCGACGCGCCAAGUUCAUAGAACAGGCCUCCGCCAUCCUCGAACGUAUACCGGAGGCUGCAGCUGACGUGACGUGGCGUGUCGAGCACUUAAACGUAAAGUGGGAGAGUCUACGUUUGCUGCUCAAUCCGGAGAAACAGAAUAUUGACGGAGACUGUUCCGACACCGUCGACUCGGCGCACGAGCUGCGCUGCCUGCGGCGCUGGCUGCACGGCAUGGAGGGCCGCCUGCCGCCGCCCGCGUUGGGCGCCGCGCGCGCCGCGCCCUAUCACGAGCUGCUGCGCAAGCUGCGCGAGCACCAGGUAUUGCAAAGGGACGUGGAAUGCCACGGUCGAAUUGUGAGCUCUGUGGUGCGGUUGUGCGGUGGCGGAGACGUCGCUCGAGCCCUAGAGAGACGCUGGCAUCUGCUUUACCUGCGUGCUAUAGAGUGGCAGUGCCAUCUCGAAGCCUGUCUCGCGAAGACAGAUAACCAGAAUUACGCACCAGUUGAUGUUGCGAGCGAUAGUGACGACGAGCCAGCCUUAAAGCAACCGAGACUCAGCAGACGCGGUUCGCCACGGAGACAACGCACACCGGUCAAUGCGAGGCACCGGGACAGCUCAGAGGAUAGCCGCCAAUCUGCCUCCGAGGAGGAACAAGAAUAUGCUAUAACGUACACGUGGCGUGGUUUCGGUUCGGACUGCGAGUCGGAGUUUGUCAGGGAAACGGAGAUCACGAUGGCCGACGCUCGCGUGCCGUCCGUCGAAAAUGUCGACACACGACAAACCGACCAAACAGUACCGGCGGCUUCGGACCAAAUCGACGGUAUCACUGCACGCGAAUGCCAUAUCGUAGAAGAAAUUCCAAAAGAAAUGAAAACUCCACCGACCGUAGUUAAACGAAAAAAACCCAUAGAUACCUCAAAAUUUAACCAAUCGGAUAGGAAAUCGAAAAAUUGUGCCACGUUCUACUUCAGACAUCACGAUACGGAUUCAGACAGGCAAAUGAUAGAAACCGACGAGAAAUCACAAGAAGAAUCUUCAGAGGAAGAAUGGACUUACGUCGAUGGCCCCAAAAUUGGCAACGAAGAUUCCACAGACAUAAUGACAUCCUCAGUUGAAAUUCAAUGUGAAUUACCAAUCGAUGAAAGGAAACCCCCGUCACCAAAACCUAAAUUAGAAUCGUCAACGCCUGAUCUUAUUCGUGUCGAUCAAAACUCCAGAUGUAAGGAUAUCGAAAGACUCGUGAUUCAAGCUGAGGAAUUAGUUCAGAAACAGGCACAACAGCAAUUAGCGAAAAAGAAGAAUACGAGAAAUUUAAAACCACUCACAUUCGAGGAGGAAGGAAAAUCUGUCAGUCGAGCGAAAAUGUCGAGAAUUAAGGAAUGGUUGAAUCAGAGUUCGGACGGCAAAAGUGAUAACCAGGGUACUGAAAGUUACGACGCAUCAGGCGAAUAUACGACAGAAAGUGAAGUUGACACUUCAUUAACAUCCGAGGAAAGGAAUAUCCAUUCGUCAAUGGACAUGAGCACGUCUACCUGUACCGUCACUCCGACCCAUCACGCUAAGGUUCAACUACGCAAGAAGCGCAACAGCAACAGCGCCCGGCCGUGGUCCGUGUCAUGCCUGUCGCAGCUGAACGGCGCGGGGAACUCCCUCGCCAACACGCCCACUAACGACACGAUGCACAACAUGUCGAUAUCGGAGUCGGCUCUAAACACACUAGCUUCACCGCAGAGGGUAACCCCCGGGAACUCGAGCUCCAAAUUAAGAGGAAGUUCUACUACUGUUCAGGGUCACGUUUCAAGCACAAAUACAAUGACGGAGGCGUGCACGUCAUGCGUCGAAGCUAACGACAAACAAUGUUGGUUGAGAAGAAAACGGCUGAAACUAAGACGUCAUAACAACAACACCGCUCGACGAGAACGGCUGGUCAAAUCGCUGUCGUUUUGUGGAAGAUUGAGUCCAGAGAUCGAGGAUAAGAAUGAAAGGAGCGCCGCUAGCGAUCCGGCUACUAGUAGAAAAAAUAGAUUUGACACUACCUCAACUUCAGGGAACGACAGCGACGAGCCGUUAGCUACAAUAGCGAACCUGCGCAGAAGCAUCGAAAAAACACACAUUUCAACGAAAGAACAAGAUAGUGCCAUUCCAGAACAAAACGAAGCGGAAACAAUGACCCCUAGCUUUAAAUUGGGUCCGGAAGGUGGAUCUGUAAGACCAAGGCUGACUAGAAGUAUGGAGAGAGAAAGAACAUUUUUAUCAGUGAGUUUAGGUGAUCCCAGCCAAAUGUGGGACUUGUGUGUUGAUAAAGACUCUGACAAAAGCGUUACAGCCGGUACAGAAGAACAUAGUUCGUUUUCAGAACAGGCUUGGGAUUUCUAUCAGGAAAAAUACAACUCCGAGCCGUAUUCUGAAGCACCUGAUUCAGACGCAGCUCGACGCCUUCUAGAAUUCGGAGACGAUUAUAGAGCCUUCCUAGACUCUCAGUCCGAUUGUUGCUCAAGUCUAUCUGCUCAACCCGAGAAUGAUCAAAGUCCAAGCGGAACCCGACGACGUAGACCACCCUCAGACAUGUCAAGAGAAAGAAGCCUGCCGCGUUACAAGCGACCGACACGAACUUCCCCAGUCGAAACUCCGUCCCGUAAACCCAAAAAGUCAAUGUCGAGCGCAGAACGCAAAAAGUUCCUACAGGAUAGUCUAGAAAGAUCCAGAAACAACACUAGCAUCGAGAGCAACGACGGCGUCCGACGCCGCAAGCCCUCCGAGAGCGAGAGAAAGAACAGCAAACGCUCCCCCGAAUUCGAUCUCCUGAACAUCCAAGCGCUGAGCCGCAGACGUCACAGCUCAAACCUAACGAGCGACGAGGUGAACAGCUCGCUCGAGUACACCGAAGUGAACAACCGACCGGACAUACUCGACUCGCUGAACCGGCGACGCAAGGAGAAGGACGGGGAGUCGGAGCUGCAGAAGAUCGUUCUGUCGGAGCUGCGGCGCCGCUCCACGGAGAGCGCGGACUCGGAGCGGGAGUCGUCGUCGCCGAAGCACAGCCGCCGGAACUGGGGCGACUCGGACUCGGAGUCGGAAGAGGUGAAGUCGCUGGUGCGGCGCUCGAGCUCGCAGCUGGAGGCGGCCGAGGCGCUGCUGGCGCGCCACGACUCGUCGCCGGACCUGCUGCGCGCGUUCGACUACACGGAGGUUGUAACACGUUGCCGUGAAAACAUCAAUCUUUUGGAAGUGGCCCUCACUGAUGGGACUCUGUCACCGGCCUUACAGAGAGAUGUCAAAGCUGUAUCAGCGCGAUGGUCGGCUCUCCGUGCGGCCGCAAUUCGACGUGGUAGCGCGAGACGUCUGCGUCGCGAAAUCACCGCGUUGAGAGAAACUCUCGAUGACAUCUGCGAGCCUGGGGACUGCGCUCCCCAGCCGCACACUCGGGCUCAACUGCACAGAAGGAUCGAGGAGCUUAAGGAGCGUCUUUCCCGCCUCCUAGAAUGCAAGGUGUCAAUGCUCAAGCUGACGGUGUCGGUGAGACGCGCGCUCGGCGAAAUGGAGUCGGAUGAUAGCGGUCUCACCGGAGACCUGACAGCAUUACUGGCUGCUUGGGAUGACGCUCAUCAACGCACAUCUAACGAGCUACUCUCACUGGAGAAGGCCGUGUGUGCGUGGGCGGAAUGGGAAAGCGCAUUGCGAGAAUUGCAAGGCGCUUUAAGAGGUGACCUCGCAACUCUUCAAGCGCUGCGCGAUCGCGGUGCAGCGCUGGCGGACCACGCCGAGCUGGCCGCGCACGUCAGACAGCUGGCCGUAUCGCUCCUCGAUAAGAAAAAGGGCGGCUCGACGUGCGACUCCCUGUCGGACUCGGGCAUAUCGGACGGCGACAGCGAGGGCGCGGGCGGGCGCGCGCGGCGGCUGGGCGCGCUGCGGGAGCUGGCGCGCCGCCUGCAGGCCGCGCUCGCGCCCAACUCGCCCGCGCACCGCGCCAUCGCCAAGCGUAUGGAGCAAACUGAGAACGAAGUAAAAACCUUACAAGAAUCCUGCCGCGCUUUGGUCGAACAGAGUAUCCCUGACUUGAAAAUCGACGAAGUUUCGCGCGAUCACGCUAUUGCUAUUUCGAAAAAUAAAACUGGAGCUGGUGAUCCUGAUUACAAUCCUCGAAGUGGCUGGGUUUGGCGCGUCCUUCGCUCAUCUAUCCCCAUACAGCUGUGUCUCGUAGCAUUGCUCCUGGCAGCCUGGUUGGUAGAGCGACCAAGGUGUUGCGACGCCUUGAACUCACUCGCACAAACAUUAACACCGCAACUGCGUUAUGUCCGUGGACCGCCGCCGGUCUGAAUGCACUUUUAUAAAAGCCAAUGUGUCAGAGCUGUCAGCGUGACACGUGUCAAAGUGACAUGAGUGUGGCCACGCUUAAAAGGAAAGUUAAGGAUAUUUUUUUAAAGUCCCAAUGACAAUUUACCUAGUAUUAUGCUACUGGCAUAUGUAUUUAGUCACAAUUGUGACGAGUUGCAAUUGCAAUAAUUUUUAUUUAGCUAGUUUUAGCUAAUAAACAGACUGGAAACUUGGCUUUCGUCGAUAAAUGGAAUUGUAGAUGAAAGCAAGAUGCGCCGUAAUGUCUUAACUGUGGUUCGAAAACACAAGACACGCACCCACAGCUUUAUGCAAAUGGAUUGCAUAAAAUUAAUAAAUGGAGUAAGAUAAAUGUGUUUCUAUUCAAUAAGAAUUACUCCGUUUAUUUGAAAUAAGGAAAGCCUGGUGUGGAGGGCAGAAAGAAGAUUGUUGUGUCGAUAAAUUUAGCUUAUAAGCUUGAAUUGAAUGAAUAAGCAAAGCCGUAGUAACUACAGUGUGAGUCUUAUUUUUAGGUUCUGACACCAAGAACAUCCAAUAUUAGUGUUGUACUAAUAUUAUUUUAAUAUUAUCGAUUAAUACUUUUUGUAUUAGAUUCGAUUGAGUGGUUUUUUUUUUUGUUAUUAGAAUUUGAUUAUUCGAUAACGGUUCAGGGCGUAACGAUAAGAAAGUAUUAAGUGGCUUAUGUGACAUGACAAAUAUAACAGUGUGACAAUGUUGUAUUAUGAAAAAAAAAUAAUUAAAAAAAGUAUUCUAAUUUGUGGGGGACGUGGUUUAUCGUAAGCUUCAUAAAAGAAUAAUGAAAGUAAGAGAAUAUGACAUAUUCAAACUCUAAAGAGUAACUAAAGUUAUUGUCUGCAUUUUAUUAGAACCAUACUUAACAUUAGGAACCAUAGAUUGCUCAUAGCAAGAGUUCAAAUAAAUUAAAGAAAAAGUGUUCGAAAAACAAUCAUCUGUAUCAGAUGAAGUUCAAAUUAGCUAACAUUAGUAAUAAUUUACUAACACAUACAUUUAUAAGUUUGUAUGUAAGUAUACCUAUUUUAGUACAAGUAAUGAAUAGGUUACUUAAUUUAGGUGUGUGACUUGUGCGCUGAGAGUGACAUAUUUUCAAGUACCUUUCAUAUUUUAAUCGGUUCGCAAAUCGAUUCUAUCGAUAAUUUAUCGUGGCCAUCACUAAACUGUGUGUACUAUAUUUUUAAUGAAACUAUUAUACAUUUCUUAAAAAUGGUUUCUAUACAUAUAUUAUACAAUAUGUUCAAUGAGAAAUUAUAGUAUACCCUUCGAAAAACUUGAUAAAAAAUACUACUAUUUAUAAUAUAUACAUAAAUAUAAUUACAUUAUAUGUAUAUUUUAUUCUCUAUUUGAAACUAUAUAUGAAAAUAAAUGAACUAUAAUAUUACUUUCCUAAUAUGUAUUUGUGGCCUUAUCUUAUAUAUAAUAUUUUAAGACUGAUAAGAUUAUAAAAGUAUGACAUUACUUUUUACAUGUUAUGUAUCACUACAAUGUU